ACAAAACUCUAGCCGUAACUGACAGACGCAAGGCCACAUGAAUCCGUCGUUUAGAUAAUCGUGCAGGUUGCACAGCGAUGACAGAGAAGGCCACUUCUUGGCCUCAAGCAGCUUCGCUAAAAGCAUGAGAGCAACCAUGCUCAUCGUAGUGUACUAGUCGGCGUUCGCUAUGCGUCAAGCCUCGAUCCCUUGAUCCUCCAUCCUCGCAGUUUGACACCCUGUGUGGAACUGGAUUGGGGCCCGUCAGCUGGUAGCCCACGAAACCAGCAUGCCUACGGUGCUGGACAAGGGGCCGUUGGCCUCCAUCAUCUUCGAGAUGCGGACCUGGUUGCGCUGCAUGCUGCCCUACACGCCCUAUGUGGCGCCGUUCUACCCCACACCCGACUCGGUCAUCAACCGGGUGCUGGACCUAACCAGCGUGCGGGCGGGCGACACGGUGUACGACCUGGGCUGUGGCGACGGCCGGGUGCUGCUGGCGGCGGCGCGGCGGGGGGCGCGGGCGGUGGGCUAUGAGCUGGAUGUGGAGCUGGUCCGUGACGCGGUGGAGUCCGCUCGCAAGGCGGGUCUGGAGCACCUGGUCAAGGUGGUGAAGGCGGACGCGGCCAGUGCUGACGUCAGCGACGCCUCCGUCAUUGCGCUGUAUCUGUCGGACCACGGGAACAGCCGGCUUCUGAAGAGCGUGCAGGCCACACUAAAGCCAGGGACACGAGUGGCUUCCUUCUACUUCCCCGUUGGGCUGCCAGGCUGGCAGGAGCGGCUGCUGACGAAAGACAACGCCGACGGCUUGAAUGUGUACGUCUAUAAAGCGCCCUCUGGGCAACAACACAAAGAGGAAUAACAGGAUUGCCGGUGCACGUU